GGAGGGGGUGGGCCCGCCGCCGCCCCUCGGCGGGACCCCGGGGGGGCGCGGAGCGGAGCGGGAGGAGGAGGAGGCGGCCAUGACGCUCACCAAGGGGUCCUUCACGUACUCCAGCGGGGAGGAGUACCGCGGGGAGUGGAAGGAAGGACGCCGGCACGGCACGGGCCAGCUGACGUUUGCCGACGGCAGCGCCUACGUGGGGCACUUUGAGAACGGGCUGUUCCACGGCUGCGGCGUGCUCAGCUUCGCCGACGGCUCCAGGUACGAGGGGGAGUUCGUGCAGGGCAAGUUCUGCGGUGUCGGCGUCUUCACCCGCUACGACAACAUGACCUUCGAGGGCGAGUUCAAAGGCGGGCGCGUGGAUGGCUUCGGGCUGCUGACGUUCCCUGACGGCUCUCACGGGGUGCCCCGCAACGAGGGCUUCUUCGAGAACAACAAGCUGCUGCGGCGGGAGAAGUGCCAGGCGGUGAUCCAGAGGGCGCAGAGCGCCUCCAAGUCUGCCCACAACCUCACGGCGUGACGGUGCCCUGGCCCCGUGGGGCGGCAGGACCACGGCGCUGCCAGCCACCCCCCCGGCAGGGCCAGGGGUCCCCCUGCCACGCCGGGCAGGCCCCCGUGCCAAAACCCUGCUGGUGGGAGCACGGACCCCGCUGCCCCCCACCCAAGUGCCCCAGGGCGGCUCUGAGGCCGCCGUGGUGCCUUCUCCCUCUGCCCACUGCCCUGCUUCUCCCCACAGGCCCCACUCUGCCCCCGGCUCCACCAGAGCAGGGCUGGGGGUGGCAUGGUCGGGGCUGCCACCGUGCCACGGGGAGCAGGGCGGGUGGCUAGGGGCCGGGGCUGGCUCCUGGCCCCAUUGCCUAGGGUGCCUAUGGGGCGGGCAGCGGGCUGCAGCACGUGCCAGCGCCUGGCCUGCUUUUCCAGCCCUGGUCCCCAGGCAGGGUGGCACCCCGGGGCCUGUGCCCUCGGCGCUGGGUGACACGGUGCCCCCGAGGGGCUCAGCCUGCCCAGUGCCUGGGGGACAUCCCCGCCAAAGGGGAGCUGGGUGAGGACGGCGGCGAGGGCAAGCGAGAAGCUGGGCAAGGGGCUAGGGCAGGGCUGCAGGGGGGGCUCUGGGCAGGGUGGGCAGGGAUAGGGGCAUGGCAGGGGUGCAGGCAGGGUGUGCACAGCUCCUCACCUGUCCCCACGGGUGCCUGCCUUCACCCUUGGCACGCUCAGGCUCGCGGGGCAUGGGGUCCUGGCAUCCCUCCCUGCCCGGCCGAGCCCCCCCUGCCACUCUGUGCCCCCACCAGCCCUGUGCCUUGCUGCGCCCCUGCCUUGUGCCGCCGCCUGCACGGGCCUCAGCAGAGUAAACCACGUUGCCAAACGCC